AUGGACAAAGGCCUUCACUUCAUGUUCUCUGUGAUUACAACCGUGCUGCUCCUGAGAGAAUCGAGCCAGACAGGAGCCACGAGGAACAGUGAUGCCACGAGGAAGGGCAUUGACUCAAGGGGACGGGGAGAGGGUCUUCCAACUUUGACUGUCACAACAAUCCUGGAGGACCCCUACGCCAUGGGGCGCGGCGUGGAGCUGGAGGGGUACUGCCUGGACCUGCUGCGGGCACUGGCGGCCAUGCUGCACUUCAGCUACCGCGUGCGGGUGGUGGGCGACGGGAAGUACGGAGCCGUGGCGCCCAGCGGCAACUGGACCGGCAUGGUCGGGGAGAUUCUGAGACAGGAAGCUGACAUUGCAGUGGCUCCCCUGACGGUCACAUCAGCAAGGGAGGAGGUGGUGUCCUUCACCACCCCCUUCCUGCAGACCGGGAUCGGGAUCCUGCUCCGGAAGGACACGGUCUCCCAGGAGAUGUCCUUCUUCCACUUCCUGGCCCCCUUCAGCAAGGAGACCUGGACCGGCCUCUUAUUCGCCUACCUGCUGACCAGCUUCUGCCUCUUCCUUGUUGCCAGACUGAGCCCCUGUGAAUGGAACGAGCCCAAGAAUGAAGAAAACCACUUCACCUUCUUGAACAGCCUCUGGUUUGGAGCAGGAGCACUCACCCUGCAGGGCGCCACCCCCCGGCCCCGGGCGCUCUCCGUGCGGCUCAUCGCCGCCGGCUGGUGGCUCUUCAGCAUCGCCCUGCUGGCCGCGUACAUCGCCAACUUCAGCGCCCUGCUGAGCUCCAGCAGCGAGCAGCUCCCCAUCCAGACCUUCGAAGAUCUGGUGAGGCAAAGGAAGCUCGAGUUCGGCACCCUGGACGGCUCCUCUACGUUCUACUUCUUCAAGAACUCCAAGAAUCCCAUCCAUCAGAUGAUCUAUGAAUACAUGGACAAGAGACGAGACCACGUUUUGGUCAAAACCUACCAGGAAGCUGUUCAGCGUGUGAUGGAGUCCAACUAUGCCUUCAUUGGAGAAUCCAUCUCCCAGGACCUCGCUGCUGCCAGGCACUGCAAUCUCAUCAGGGCCCCCGAGGUCAUCGGAGCCCGAGGGUUUGGCAUCGCCACUGCCCAGGCGUCCCCCUGGACUAAGAAGCUUUCCAUUGCUGUCCUCAAGCUGCAGGAGUCGGGCGACCUGGAGUACCUGCGUAACAAGUGGUGGGAGAGCAGCUGCCCCCCCCGGGGCAGGGAGGGCUGGAGCCCCCUGCAGCCCCAGGCCCUGGGCGGGCUCUUCCUCACGCUGGCGGUGGGCCUGGCGCUGGGGGUGAUCGUGGCACUGGUGGAGCUCUCCAACAAGAGCAGGCACGCUGCUGGGCACGCCAAGAAAUCCUGUUGCUCUGUUUUCACAGAAGAAAUGUUCACUCGUCUACGUCUAAAAGAAAAUACAAGACAGAGCCAGGAGACUUCAGGGAGGGCUUAA